UAUGAAUACAGUUUUUGGUCGGACAGAGCGUUGGUGAAUAGUAAAGCGUGUGACAUCGUCGGUGAAGGAAGGAACAAGUGCUGUGUCGUGCAAUCAAAAUAACAAUACAAAAACAAAAAUAAUAAAUAUUAUUAAAAACAGUAACUAAAUACAUAUAUAAAUAUAUAAAUAUGCUGAAAGUAAUAUCAGCCAGUAAAUUGCCAAUCGCGGCUGGGUGUUAUGUGAACAGUGGGGGCAUUGCCGCUCGCACUUUUGCAACCGGUCAAGCGCUGAGAGAUCGACAUGACUGUCAGGUAUUGAUCGUCGGUGGUGGUUCCGGUGGUUGUGCCCUAGCAGCGAAGUUAUCUUCGAAAUUGGGAAAGAACAAAGUGACCGUUGUGGAGCCAGCUGAGCGUCACUACUACCAACCGAUGUUUACACUGAUUGGAGGUGGCAUGAAACGAUUGGAGCAAUCGUAUAAGCCGAUGGCGGAGGUGUUACCGAAAAACGUCAACUGGAUCAAGUCGGCAGCUGUGGAAUUUGAUCCGAAAAAUAAUACGGUGAAAACGGCAAAUGGCACGAAUGUCAAAUAUGAUAUGCUACUAGUGGCCACGGGUCUGCAGUUAAACUAUGACAAGAUACCCGGCUUAGUUCAAGCGCUCUCAAUAAUAAACGGCAAAGUGUGUUCAAAUUACUCACCCAAAUAUGUGGAUCGCACCUAUGAGUGCUUGCUAAACAUACAGGGUGGCAACGCUAUUUUCACAUUUCCCGCUUCACCUGUUAAAUGUCCAGGGGCACCGCAGAAGAUUGUCUACAUUGCCGAGCACCACUUCCGCAAGUUGAAUAAGCGCAACAAAAUAACGGUUACAUAUAAUACAGCGUUGCCAGUGAUUUUCGGCGUGAAACACUAUGCCGACGCACUGUGGAAAGUUGUGGAGAAGCGUGAUAUCAAAGUCAAUUUGAAACGAAACUUAAUUGAGGUGCGUCCACUGGAAGAUGUCGCCGUGUUCCAAGACCUCGAUAAACCGGAGCAGAUUUUUGAGGAGAAAUAUGAUCUGCUGCAUGUCACGCCGCCGAUGAGCGCACCAACUGCAUUGGCGCAAUGCAAGGAAUUGGUGAAUGAGGCAGGUUUUGUGGAUGUGGACAAAUCGACGCUGCAACAUCUGCGUUAUAAAAAUGUUUUUGCGAUCGGUGACUGCUCGGCAUCGCCCAACUCAAAGACUGCCGCUUCAGCAGCCGCCCAAUCGCCGGUCGUGUAUCACAAUAUGAUUGCCGCCUUGAAGGGCAAAGAAUUGAAGCACAUCUAUGAUGGCUACGCUUCGUGUCCGCUCGUUACCGGCUAUAGCAGCUGUAUUCUGGCUGAAUUCGAUUACGAUCUGAAGCCAUUGGAGACAUUCCCGUUCGCACAGAAUAAAGAACGCUACACAAUGUUCUUCUUAAAGAAGGCCUUAAUGCCCACACUCUACUGGAAAGUCAUGCUGAAUGGCUACUGGAACGGUCCAGCGCUGAUGCGUAAUGCUCUGUCUGUAUUUAAAUUCGGCAAAAAGUGAAUGUGAAGUUACAGGAUAAAUAUAUAUAUAAUGGCUUAUAAAUGUAUUUGUGAGGAGAUAACUGCAAUCAAUGCAACGGAAAAAGUCAGCGCUGCAGUUUAAACAAGUUAAAGCGGUCCAAGUAACUGUAGCAGUCUCUGGAAGUAGCAAAGUGAGGGAACUCUACAAGUCUCGAUAUUUCCCGAAAUUUUAUUGUAAGGAGACGAUUGCGCUCGCUUUUUAGUAUAUUUUCAUAAUUUCUUUAAAUAAAAUUGCCAAAACCUUCUUCUUACAUUACAAA